AUGGCAACUCCCAAGCUAGAACAUAUCCUAACGCUCCGAGCGUACGGAACCCCUAUCGCUGUCCCCGCGGGCAAGGUCAGAAAUGGCCCGCUCCGAACUUGUCAUCCGCUAGAAGGAGGCUUCCUUCGAGGUGUGGAUGGGACAGAGACUGAAGGUUUGUCAGUCGACUUGACUUCUGGAGGCAGUGACUGGAUUUCAUACGACCCGUCGACCAACAUGGCACAUGUCGAUGUCCGAACUCAUGGCAUAGAUGGCGCUGGUGAUGGCUUUUACAUCUCUUAUACUGGUUACUUGCGUGGCGAGGAAAUUGGCCAAAAGUUUUUGGGGGAUUGGUCUGCCGAAGUUGAAUCAACGAAUUAUGGAGAUCACUACUGGUGGACUCACGCUGUUAUUGAAACCAGUUCUGAAAAGUACAAGUCACUCACAACUACCUUUCUCGUUGGACAAGGUCGCUGGUACGCUGGUGAGGGAAAGCGAGCUGUUGAAUAUAAGCUUUUCAAGGUGUCCACUGGGGCUUGA